AUGGGAGUUACUUUGAUUAGAGUAAAUGACAAGAAAUCCGCCAAAGUUCACGGAGUUAGAAACUUCCCAGCACUCUCACUAAUCAGGUCUGGAGAUAUUUCCCAGUUUGAGGGUGAUCUAACCGAUCAGGAUUCUAUUCUAGACUUCCUAACUAACCUGGGAGCAACUGAGGAGGUGGGAAAGGUUCAGCAGGUGACAGCAUCAGAGCUAGAACUCCUGGUUACGCAGAACCAGUUUGUAGCAGUCUUCUUUUUUUCCGGUAACAAAGGAACUGCAGGUAUUGAGGCACUCACAAAUCUUAUCAAUCUGGCGGAACCAUUGGACAUAAGGGUAGUUUGCAUCAACGAUUUAGCACUGGUGGCCGAAUACAGCCUUGGGGAACUCCCUGCUUUGGUUUACUAUAGACACACUAUUCCAAUCCUUUACCAAGGUGACAUCGAUGAGGAAGGAGAUAUACUAGAGUGGUUGGUUCAAAACAGACAUUCUGGAGAAGAGGGUGAUCAGAUAGAAGAGGUUGAUAUUAACAGCCUCGAGGCCAUGAUUUCAGCAGUAGAGAACAUCGCCGUGCUUUUCUAUGACAGUAAAUCAAGAAGAACUGAUCAAAUUCUUGAAAACUUGGAGAAAAUUGAUGAUGACUGCGACACAAGGGGUGUUCACUUUGUGAAAAUCUCGAGUACUGGAGGAAAAUUUGGAGUUUCGAGCACACCUACUCUUGUAUUCUUUAAAAAUAAAGCUCCACAAUUUUACUCAGGAAAUCUUAUGGAUGAAGAAGAGGUUCUACAGUGGAUUCUUGCUUAUGUAGAAUCAGCUGAAAUUGAGGAAAUGUCGUCCUCCCUUCUUGGCAAAAUAAUCCGCGAAACUAAACAUGUAGUUGUCGUCUUCUAUAAAAGAGGAGAAAGAGAAGUAAUUGAAUUGCUGGAUAUUCUUGAGAAUAUUGAUGAUGAUCUUGAUAGACUUGGAAUAUCAAUGGUCAAGGUAAGUGAUUCUGGAGAACUAAGAAAGUGGAGAGUGCAGUCAAUUCAAGUUUAUCUGUUCAAAUAUGGUGUACCUUCAGUGUACACUGGCGACCUCGGGUCUGAUCGGUCCCUCCUAGCUUGGGUUAGGAAAAUGGCUGGAGAGGAUGGAGAUCUUCUAGAGGUUGACCGUGUUGGCCUAGGGAUGCUGAUCCAGGGAGAAUUAGGUCAGGGGCACAGUUGGCCAGAUGAUAGAACUCUUUCAAUUCUUUUUUAUCGUAAAGGGGAGAGUCAGUCCUCAAGGGCUGUGAAAAGUUUAGAGAAUAUUGCGGGACAGGCCAGAAAGAAGGGUGUGCUUUUUGUCAAGAUUAGUAACGAAGAAGAAAUGAAGAGUCGAGGAAUUGUAACACCGCCAGAGCUUGUUAUCAUAAGAAACGGAAUCCCUGACCUUUACAAUGGAGAUCUGAGAAUGGAGGACGAGGCUUUGAAUUGGAUGUUAAAGCAGUCUAAAGAUGAUACAAUUGAGAAGGUAAAUGGAAGAAUGCUUAACAGUCUGAUUGAAGGGAACCUGCCUGUUCUUUGCUUGUUUUAUGAUCCAUCUACUUUGUGGGCAGAGUCAGCUCUUGCCGAUCUUGAAGGGAUUGAUGACGAUCUUGACGAUCAUAAAAUUAUCUUUGUUAAAAUGUCUGACGUCAGAGAAGGAAGGAGAUAUUAACGAUGCUUCUGAUGUUCUUGGCUGGGCACUAACACAGACAGGAGUUAAACUUCAGGAAACUGAGAGAGAGUUCUCAAUCCUACCAGCAGCAGAUGCAGCUCAGGCUCCUCCUCCAACCCCGAAAGUUAAACCAUCUCCAAGGGCUAAACCUACUAAAGCACCGGUGCAGCUUGAAUCUGAACCUGAACCUGUGGUUGAAGAGAAGGAAGAAGAGAAGGAAGAAGAAGUUCUUGCUGCAACUACGACUAAGGUUGAGAAUAAGACCGAAGCAGCUGAAGCUGCAACUGAGGAUGAGGAGGAUGAUAGUGAGAUUGUUGAUUCAAUCAAGAAUGGAAACAAUGUUGUGGCGUUCUUUUAUUAUCCUGGGAGGCUGGUUUUGAGACAUGAAGAUCAGGCACAAGAAGAUCAAAGCCUCUCUUGCUGGCCAUUAACAUGUAGUUCAGCAACUAAAAUAUCCCAUUCUGCUUUAAACAUCAAUAAACUCAAACCUGUUCCAUUGCACAGACAUGAACCUAAGCCUAGAAAGCCUGUUGGCUGGAUUGCGUGGAUUUUUGGAUGGAGCAUUUUUGAAAAUACUGUUGUUAAUGAUAACAUAAAGAAAGAAAAAGAAGAUCUGGAAGAGGAAGAAGUCCCUGAUGAAUAUUUUCUGUCUAAGGAGCAGAUCAAUCAUGAUUUUGAUGAGGUAGAUAUUGAGGAAGAAGUUAAUGAACCUGUUGUUGUUAUGCCUACUCCAUGGUAUUCGGUAGAUCUCUUCAGUGAUGAUGAAUUAACAGUACCUUGGUAUUAUGUUAACCUUUUUAAUACCAGGGGACGACCAUGGUACUCGGUGACUCUGCUUUCUGAGGAGUUUUAUAACGAAAAGAAGAAUUGGUAUGAUGUGGAUUUGUUUGGUAAUGUAGAUGAUGAUGGUUUUGGAGAUAAUGUUGUUGAAGAAAUUGAGGUUCCAUGGUACACGAUCAAUCUUCUUGGAAACAAUGAGGAUGAGAUUAAUGAAAGAAAAUGGUAUACUAUAGAUCUUUUAGGCAAUGAACAAGAUGGGUUUAAUAUAGUCUGUACAGAGAUUAACAAUGAUGAAAGAUUCUGGUAUGAAGUUAGCUUUCUAGGAAAUUGUAACAGUGCCACCAAAAAUUGGUAUGAUAUAGACCUUCUCAAUCCUACAACUGAUCAAAGUGCCAAUAGCAAAAAGCCAGAGACUAGAAGUUGGUUUGAAAUUGAUUUAUUUUCAUAUCCACAAAAUUCAGAACAAUUAGAAGAUCCUGAUAAAGAGACCUAUGCAGAGGAUAAAACUAGUUCAGAUAAUCAGACUGAAGAUGAGGAUGAUAACAGUGAUACUUCGGAAGAAGAUGAUCAUCAAGAUUCAAUGACCAAACCUAAGACUGAAGAUAAAGACCAAAGUCCUGAUUUAUCUGCAGCACCGGAAAAGGGAAAAACAAAUAUUGAGGUAAAAUCAGCAAAAGAUAAAUCAAAUGUAAUACAUCCUGAUGCAAAGCCUACAGGUGAAAUUGUUAAAGAUCCAGGUUCUUCUGACACUAAACAAGAAAAUAAACCAACAAAUCUUGAAAACCUCAGUAAAAAGACUAAUUCUAAAAAUACAAAUGUAGAAGAAAAUCCAACAACCCAACAAAAGCCUGAGAAAAAUACAAAAGAAUCGAAGAACAAAGCAAAUCCAAAACCAAAGGUUACUUUAGAGAAACCAGAGAAAGACUUGCUUGAGACGUUUUUAUCAGACAGUCCUGCUGUCACUUCUAAAGAAAAGGUGGUUGGAAGCUUUAAAGAUGCACUUCCAGAAACAAAAGCUAGAAUAGAUCCAGAGAAAAAAUUAAAAUACGGACCUAAGGUGAAGAAGGAAGCUAUAUCUAAAACUACAGAAACCAUUAAUGAUUCAUCAGAAAUCAACAUUGAUUCAAAUCAAAAUACGAAAACAGUAGAACCAAAAGUAAAAAGUCCACUAAAAACAUCAAAAACUAUCAAUACCAAUGACGCCCAAGAAACAAAAGUCACUUCCUCGAAGGUUUCGGAAGAAGAAAAUAAACCAAAAAUAGAAUCAAAACCAAAAAGAGAACCCCCCAAUGAGGUUAAAAUCUUGCCAGAGACUAAUAAAUCAAAACUAUCUGAGAAGGAACUAGAGAAACAACACAGUAAAAAACCAGAACAGGCAGAGACUCAUGAUCCUCUCAAAGAAGACGUUACGAAGAACAAAGCUAAUAAAGCUGAAGGUCCCUCCAUAGUUGCUGGAAAAAAUAACGCUGUUGUGAUGAUAUAUGAAAACCUGGACAAGAUUUCCAAAAAGAUCAUCUCUGGUCUGGACAAAGUAGAAGGACACUUUAUUGGACAAGGAAUAGAAUUUAUCAGCGUGAAUGUAAAUGAAAUGAAAGAUGUUUCCAUUUCAAAUGUUCCAGCUCUCAUUUACUUCAAGAAUGGAGAACCAACUGUGUUUGAAGAUAAUCUUAUGAACGAAGAAUCAAUUAGAAACUGGGUUGAUGAGGAGUUUAAAUCAAAUCAAGAUGUUAUCGAAGAUCUCAGCUCAGACCAAAUUCAUGAUCUUAUGGAGGACCACAGCUUUGUCAUGGUGUUCAUAUAUGUGGCUGACAAUGAGGCGUGUGAUGAAGCUAUAAAACAACUAGAGCAGAUUGAUGAUGAUGCUGAAGCUGUUGGAGUAAAGUUUGUGAAAACAGAUGAUCCUGAGUUUGCAGCAGAGUUUGGAAUAGAAGAGUUCCCGGCUAUAUUAUACUUUGAAGAUAAGCAGCCGAGUAUUUAUGAUGGAGAUGCUGCCGAAGAAACUGAACUGCUGACCUGGUUGCUCUAUCAGAUGAAGGAGGAUACAAUUGAGAAUAUCAAUAGAGAACUUCUCAUCAAGAUGAUUGAUGAUUUUGAGUUCCUGGCAGUUUUCUUUUUUGACGAGAAUGAAGACUCGACUAAAGUGAUCAGACAUCUUGAACUAAUUGAUGACGAAGCAGCAGAAUAUGGAGUCAGGAUAGCCAAAAUAAAUGAUCCUCUGAUGUCUAAAAAAUACGGGAACCGAGUUCCUCCUGGUCUUGGAUACUUUAGAAAGGGAAACUACGUCAAAUAUGAUGGUGAUCUAUUUGAUGAAGAGGAGAUGUUGGAUUGGCUGACUGAUCCAACUGUUAUGGAGAUCUCUGAUCAAAUCGAGAAAGUCAACAAGAAGAUGUUUGAGAAACUUAUUUCAAGAAAUGAAUUCUUAACGGUUUUCUUCUAUUCUGAGUCUGAUUGCAAGCAGUGUGCCGGAGUCCUACAGGAGCUAGAAAAUAUUGACGAUGAUGCUGAUGUUGCUGGAAUACCUAUUGUGAAGCUUGAGGAUAAACAGCUGGCCAAAACAGUUGGAGUGUUUGCUCUCCCUGCCAUUGUAUUCUUCAGAAAUUUUGGCGAAGAAGCAACAAUCUAUGCUGGAGACUUGAAACGAGAAGAGAGUAUUCUAGAAUGGAUGAUGGUACAGAAAGAUCCAAGCAACGAGGCUAUUGAGGAACAAGAAGGAGAUGUACUGAGAAGUACAAUUGAAAACUCUGAUGCUAUUGCAGUCUUUAUAUAUACCCAUGACGGUUGUGAUGACUGCCUUGCAAUUCUAACAGAGCUGGAAAAUAUUGAUGAUGAUGUAAACAGGCAAAAAAUAUCAAUGGUUAAAACAACAGAUUCUGAUUUUGCCAUUGAAGUUGGGGUUGAAACCUUCCCCUCCCUGGUUUUCUUCAAGGAUGGAGUGCCUGCCCUGUAUGAGGGAGAUAUGAGUGUAGAGGAGGAGGUACUAGACUGGUUAAUAGAGAUGAAGGUUGAAUCCCACAUAGAGCUGAUUACUCGGUCAAUGCUGGAAACAAUGGUGGAGGAUAUUCAAUACCUAGCAGUAUUCUUCUACAAGCAGAAUUGUAGAACGUGUGACCAGAUGAUCAAUGAGCUUGAAAAUAUUGAUGAUGAUUGUGAUAUGUUUGGAAUUCAACUUGUUAAGCUUAAGGACCCACAACUUGCUAAACGGUAUGGAAUCAAAACAUUCCCUGCUCUGGUUUACUUCAGAAAUGGCAACCCUCUCACAUUUGAAGGAGAUCUGAAGUCAGAGGACUCAGUGCUAGAAUGGCUGACGGAUGAUGAGAAUAGGGAGUUAGCUGAUGAAAUUGAGGCGGUGAACCACCGUAUGCUUGAUAAGCUACUAGAAUCAUCUCCCCUUAUUGCUGUCUUCUUCUUUGACGAUGAGUGUGUUGAGUGUGAUCUAAUCCUUGAACAGCUGGAGAAUAUUGAUGAUGAAGCUGAUCUUUAUGGAAUUGAUUUUGUCAAGAAUGAUGACCCUCAUGCUGCCAGGCAAUACAACAUAUACAACACUCCAGCCCUCGUGUACUUUAGAAGAAUGUCCCCUGUUGUUUAUGACGGUGACUUAAUGGAGGAUGACCGUAUAUUAGAGUGGUUGACUUCACAAGAUGUUUUCCAGACUAAGGAUGAAAUUGAGGAGGUGAAUAGGAAAAUGCUAGAAAAACUUCUAGAAGAAAAUGAGUUUGUAGCAGUCUACUUUUAUGAGGAUAACUGCAAUGAAUGUGAUAUUGUUAUCUCUGCAUAG